UUCCGGCACAGCCGGCACCUGAUUGGUAGCCAGGGGUGAGGGAAGCGGAAACAGCGUAGCGCGCAGGCGCAGCGGCAGUCUGGGGCCGCGGGGGAGGGACGCGCCGCCCGCCAGAGAGAGAGAUGGAGACGCGGGGGGAGCCGCAGCCGGCGAAUAGAAUGAGCCAGGGAGACUCAAACCCAGCAGCAGUUCCACAUGCAGCUGAAGAUAUUCAAGGAGAUGACAGGUGGAUGUCACAGCACAACAGAUUUGUCUUGGACUGCAAGGACAAGGAGCCCGAUGUGCUGUUUGUGGGUGAUUCCAUGGUGCAGUUGCUACAGCAGUAUGAGAUAUGGCGAGAGCUUUUUUCACCUCUUCAUGCACUGAAUUUUGGGAUCGGUGGGGACACAACAGCUCAUGUUCUGUGGAGAUUGAAGAAUGGUGAAUUGGAGAACAUUAAACCCAAGGUCAUUGUCGUCUGGGUUGGAACAAAUAACCAUGAAAAUACAGCGGAGGAAGUAGCAGGUGGAAUCGAGGCCAUCGUGCGGCUGAUAAAUACCCGACAGCCACAGGCCAAAGUUAUUGUAUUGAGCUUGCUACCUCGAGGCGAGAAGCCAAACCCUCUGCGGCAGAAGAAUGCCAAGGUGAACCAGCUGCUAAAAGCCUCGCUCCCAAAACUCACCAGCGUCCAGCUUCUGGACGUCAGUGGGGGCUUCGUGCACUCGGAUGGCGCCAUCUCGUGCCAUGACAUGUUUGAUUUUCUGCACCUGACAGGAGGAGGCUAUGCAAAGAUCUGCAAACCCCUCCAUGAACUGAUCAUGCAGCUACUGGAGGAGACCCCUGAGGAGAAGCAAGCUGCUCUGGCCUGAUCAGCUAAUAUCAGUGUUCGACAUCAUCCCAGCCCCAUCAGAUCAGUUCUAUCACUGGCACUACAGAAUCCUUCUUUCUUAAAGCACUUUCCAUUGUAGAAUGUUACUGGAUGUUCGUAUCUAGUGUUUUGAGGGGAGGGCUAACGUCGAACUGGUCUUGUACGUAGAAGGGCAGGGCUACCGGGUGUUACUGCAGGAAGAAAUUAGCUAAAGAAGAUUUUUACUUUUAAACCAUUCCUCAUUUAAAAUGAGAACAAGACUGUCACCUCUGUGCCCCUCACAUGCAUUAUUGCUCUAUGGUGCCCCAUCAUCCCUAUCAGCCUGACUCGAAUAACCCACAUGCAGCUCGCGGUUUAGCUUUUCCCUUCCCUAGGGAUUAUACUCUGCAUUAGCUUGGGAACCAGAAUCGCAUUCCACUCACUAGAAACAAAACAGCUGCAUUUUUUUCAAAAACCGUUCCCACCUUUAGAAGUUUUAGUUACUAAGGUUUUUUUUUCUUUUUUUUUUUUCUUUUUUUAAAAGAGACACUUGUUGCUUUCUGGCUCUUUGUUUUUGAAGCAGCAUGAGACUAAAUGUAACUGGAAUUCAGAAAUGUAAAAAACCAAAGUGUUAGUUGAGCUGAACUCAUUUAACACUCCCAAAAUGUUGUUUUGUUUUACAAAGUCUGUUAGCUGUGACAAACUUCAUUCCAUUGUUGCUUGGACUGUGGGCAGUCUCAUUUGGGUGCUGUUGAAUAUCAUGUCUCCUAUAGAACCUGUUCUUGGUUUUGGUUUGUGUACAGUAUUGGCAGCUUUUAACAGUUCUUUGGUUUAGGAGCUUAGUUUUCCAGCAAACGUCAAACACAAGCCUGUCAGAAACGUUGAACUGACAUUUCAUCCCACUACGAGGGCUGUGCUACAGGAUUCUGUGCAGUGCUGUUCAUGUUCAUAGUUCCAAUUUUUUUUAAAGUAUGACUGUUACGCCUUUUUUAAUCCAUACUCAGCCCCUCUUUGCAAGGCCUGAACCAAUCUAAUGCUUUACGAGUUCUAAGGUGUAUAUUUCUUUAUUGCUUCUGUUUUACUUGUACAAACAUUUUAUUCAAGCAAAUAAGGCCUUUGAUAGUAAAGAAUUGAGUCAGUCUGUAGCUUUUUUCUCUCCUGGACACUACCCCUUUCCCCUCCAGCAAAGGGAGUUAGUGCGGAGAGUGGACUGUUCACAGGGACUCUCUAUCUUGCUAGAGCUUUUUAUACGAGAACUAAUUAUAAUCUGUGUAAUGACUAUAUAAAAUUGUCAUUCGUUUAAAGGUGAACAGGAAAAAAAUUUCUUACCAAUAAGAAAUUUAGAGCCUUGCUACUUAAAAAUAAAAAUACUUUAACAAAGUUUAUUCUUCCUUGACUUACCUACCACAAUUGUAGUUCAGCAGUGGUGGUAUCCCUCAUAAUGGUUCACACCACCACACACUAAAAUACAACAGCCAGUGCAGGCCUCUGCAGUGGUUGAAGUGUUCAUGAAGGCUGCAGCCUUCAACUGUCAUGCUACUUUUUGGCAGGCGAAUGAAAGAGGAACCAAUUUUUGUUUUACAUUUUUGUUAAACAGGAGAUCUAUCUAGAUUGCUUUUUCCACCCCACUACAAAAAGAAGGACGUAUGUAGUGUAUAUAGCCUGUUUGCCCUUUUAUUCUAGUAAAAGGUUCUGUUUAAGGCAGGCUUUAAUCUAGCAUUAAGGAAUACGUUUAUGUCCCCAUCAUGCUUCUGCUGCUGCUGUAGAAUUUGUCAUAGCAGGAUUUCUGCCUGGAUUGCAUGCAUAGCGCGCGCGCGUGUGUGUGUCUCCAGUCUAUGUGAUCCACACAGAGAUGUGGAGGAAAGCUGAAGAAUCCUACUUCCCAGAAAUAAAGGUUCAAGUGGGAGAGGAGUAGUCCUGGUCUUAUCUCCCCAGGCCAGCGUGGGUUGGGGGAGUGCUCCAUGGGCCCUGUCAACCUGUUUGUUCAGCAGCACCACUUCCUUCCCCUCCAACAGCUUGAAACGUUAACUGUGGAACCAUCAUUCAGCUCUGCUGAAAGAACGGAGGCCUCAGCACAGGAACUUAGGGGCGUGGAGGAGAGAGAGCAAGCAGAUUUUAAAACGUUAGUAGGAGAAGGUUUGGCAGGGUGGUAUGGGCCCACCUGUAGCAAGAGUGGGGGGAUGAAACAGGACUUUGGUCUCUGCUAGUUUUUGAGGGUUGUAGGCUUUUGUUGAAAGGUACCAUGUUUGUUUGACCCAUGCACUAAAUGUCUCUCCAUGGUGUCGCCACACUGGUAAGACAGCUACUUGCUGGCAAUCUAGUUUUUUGAUAGAAAGCUCUAACUCUUUGUAACAGUGCAGUGUGUUUACAGAUGAGGCCAUCUUCAGCUGUGAGCCAGAGCCCCUUGGUUAGGUGCUGAUUGCCGUGGUGUGGGUCUGGCCUGUUGAAUACACAUCUAUUGGGCUGAGGUAGAGUAGCUCAGGUGGCUCUCCAUGCUCAAGGUUGUCUUGCUGAGGUGCCAUGUUGCUUAUGCAUGGGUCAGUGUUCGCCGCCCUUCAUCUCCAGUCUGCAUUGUGUCUUUCCCAGCUGCAUUAACCACGUCUGUGUGUGGCCAUGGCAGCGGCUGCUGUGGACAGGAAGGGCAGCUUCUAUCUGGGACAUUGAAGCUACUGUCCUGUUGCCACCAUCUAGCAGUGAAAUUUUUUUCUCAUUGUACCAAAAUUAGAGCCUGGUCCUGAGAAGUGCUGAGUAUUUGCAGUUUCAACAGGAGGGUGCUUGCCACCUUGGGAUCAGGCCCAGCACACCCCAGUGUGAGUGCCCCUGCGUAGCCUUUAUGACUUCUUCCAUUGUAACUGGCUGCUUGUGAAAGAACUGACCCUUUCUGAACUUUUAAUUUUUUAAACUAAUCUAGUUACCGUUUACAGUUGUGUGCUGAAGCCUGGAACCUUGUUUGUGCUGUGGUGUAUGAGCAUUGCCAAUUUUAUAUUUAUUGCAGUGAAGAAAAUGCAAAGGAAAAGGUAUGAAAGGAAGGAGAGAGUCCUUGUCUCUGAAUUCAUAUGUGGGUGCAAGCAAGGGGACUCCAGGUGCAGGCUGGGGCACCUCAAAGGCUGGAAGCUUGCACAGUAUGUAAAAUCCAAUUACAGCCCUGCUUCAUGGGAACCUUCCUUGGGGAGCUGACUGAACCGUCCCCAGGAAAAGCUGUGAUUCUGCUUUGGCAAAAUUGCAUUGACUGGUAGAACUCACUAUAUGUUUAGUGCAUAUUUCAAUAUAAAUGUAAAUGUUUCACCCCAAUGA